AUGACGGUGACACUGGAUGAUAUAGAUGCCCUCCUCCACAUCUCCAUUGCUGGUACGUUCUUCAUUCCUCCUUACAUUAACCAAGCGGCGACGCUGCGCUUGGUUAUGGAGGACUUAGAGGUAACUCAGGAGACUGUGUAUGAUGAGUUCUCGUAUAACCGUGGUUUACAUCUUCGGAUGUCUUGGCUCAUGGACAGUUACCAUGAGUAUGUGGCUGCUCAGAGAUACCAGGCUGCUGCUAGGGCGUACAUGCUACAUAUUAUGACAUGUUCUCUCUUUGCAGAUAAGUCUGGUAACUAUAUUGAUGUGUGGUACUUGUGUUUGUUCAGCUCCUUAGACACCCCCACUUGGGCGUGGGGAGUGGCAGAUUUGACCAUGUUGUACACUGCCCUAGAUAUUGCUACACAGCUAGAGACGAAACAGCUGGCUGUGCUGGAUAUACGAGCACUUCCUUCAUUAUGUGAUCGGAAGACUCGGCGUGUCGCUGCUGACCCACCGUGUGCGAGGAGAUGGAAGGCCAGGCGGACCAUUCCUGGAGGUGUGGCUGAGUACAGGCGAAGGCUCGAUGCACUGAAUGUGGACGAUGUGGUAUGGACACCAUAUGCAUCUCACAGCCCUCAUCGUCCAUUUGAUGACGCUUCUUUGUACUCUAGGCAUAUUAGGUGGGAGACCCAUGUGACUAGACACUUGCCUGAGAGGUGUUUACGUCAAUAUGGCUUUAUUCAGACUACCACUCUUCCUGUUCCUGUGGCUCCAGCUGGCGGUAUUGACAGAUGUGUAUCACACCCUCGGAUCAUACCUCCAACCGCUGCUUCUGACGUUCCUGGGCCUUCACGUGCUAGGGUUUCUGCUGAGACACCACCACCACCUCCACCACCUGCAGGGGAUCAGGACGCCCAGUUACAGUAUAUUGCAGUUCAUUUAAAUAACUUCAUGGGUUUGGUAAACCAAAAUAGUGAGCUCUAUACUGGUUUGGUUAGGUUGGCAGAUGUAGUCCGUGGAGGGCCUAUGUAG